GAGCAGACUCUUCUUCUGCAUGCAGCUCUGUCGGUCGUCGGAAUUCGGUCUUGUCUCUCUACGUUCUGUCUGACCGGGAAAAACAUUGCAUUUGAUGUCUGUAUGGCUUCCCAAACCGUCGCCAUCGCUCCUUGCACGCACCUGUAGUCGCCCCAGCCCAUUUGCAGCUCUCCGGGUGCUUGCCGGGGCGAGCCACAAUGCUCUUUCUCCGCUUCCGCCGCACGCCCUCUAUGCGCUUUCAAGGCGAUUUGAAAGCACGAAGCCUGCGCCGGAGAACGUGAGAAGCGCGUCGACGGCCGCGACCGACGACUCUCAUGUGGCUGCUGAACCGAAGCCAGCGCCUCUUGCUCCAAAAGACCCUGCGGACGACGCAUCGCGGGCCACUAGAAUAUGGAAAAAGGUCAAACACGAAGCGCAGCACUAUUGGCACGGCAGCAAGCUUCUGGCAGCAGAAGUGCGCAUCUCCUCGAGGCUAGUAUGGAAGAUUCUUCAUGGAGAUAAUUUGACAAGGAGAGAGCGGAGGCAGCUGAAACGUACUACACAAGAUCUCUUGAGAUUGAUACCAUUUGCCGUUUUUGUAAUCGUGCCCUUCAUGGAACUUCUUAUCCCGGUCUGUCUGAAGCUAUUCCCGAAUAUGCUUCCCUCAACAUUUGAAGACAAGUUCGCAGCUCAAGAGAAACAACGAAAGCUUCUCCGGGUUAGACUAGACAUGGCAAAAUUCUUGCAGGAGACCCUGCGUGAGUCGGGUCUUAAGGCGAAUGCGCACAUUGUAGGCAGUGACGCGUUCAAGGAAUUCUUCCGCAAGGUCCGGUCAACCGGAGAAUUGCCUUCGGCUCAGGACGUUAUCAACUUUGCCCGUCUAUUUGACGACGACCUCACCCUGGACAACCUCUCUCGGCCCCAACUCGUCUCUUUGUGUCGCUACAUGGGCAUCAACGCAUUCGGUACGGACAACUUUCUGCGCGGCACGAUUCGCACGCGACUGCUCGAGCUCCGGCGGGACGACCAGCUCAUCGACAUGGAGGGCGUCGACAACCUCAGUGUUUCUGAGUUGCAAGCGGCUUGCCAAAGCCGCGGCAUUCGCACUGGUGGUGUCUCCCCCGCAAGGCUUCGGGACGAUCUCACCACGUGGAUCAGCCUGCAUUUGAAGAACCGGGUCAGCGGUGUGCUCCUCGUGCUUGCGCGAGCGUUCCAGUUCGAUAAGAGAUUCGGUGAUGAGGAAGACGGCAACAGUGAGAUUAUCAAGAGCCUGGAAAGCGUACUGAGCGGUCUUCCGGACAACCUGCUUAACGAAGCGGAACUCGAAGUCGACUCUGACAAGGCUAGCUACAAGCAGAAACUGGAGGUCUUGCAGCAGCAGGAAGAGCUCAUCGAGGACGAACAAGAGCAAGAGGAGAAGGAAGAGGCCGCUCGUCGUGCGCAGAAGGAGGAGGAGGCGCGCCUGGCCCAAUCGCUCUUGCCUGAGUCUGAGCUGAGGGAAGAACCUGAGAAGGUGGAAGAGCCUGACGCUCGCAUGACUACCGAGCAGCUCAAGGAGCUCGCCUCGGCUUUGUCUAUUCUCUCGACCAAAUCCAGCGUGCUCAAGGAACGUGAUGAACUCAGUGCUCUCAUGGAGGAGAACCAGGCAGCGGAGGAGGACCCGAAGUCGCCUGCGGCAGCUCUGACAAAGCGCAUCCGAAGCAUGCUCAAGAAGAUCGACAAGCAGUUGUCGGACUACGAUGCACGCGUUGGCUCGUCACUGCAGAUGAUCUCGUGCGACCCGCAAGGCCGGAUUUCCGUGGAGGACCUGCACAAAGCGCUUGCGGUCAUCAAGCAUAAGCCGGAUGAGGAAGUCGGAAACAAAGUCAUCGAGAAGCUGGACGUGGACAAGGAUGGAUAUGUCGAGUUGGAGCACGUGCUUGGGUUAGUGAGGGAGGAGGGGCUGGGUACGGUGUUGGAUGACGAGGCGCAGUCCAUCAUUGGCCAGGGCGAUGAAAUCAAGAAAAGCAAGCCGAGGAAAGAGGACAUCGUUCAGGAAUGAUUCUUUUCAUGACGCUGAUAUUAGCUCAUUCAUGCUUAAGAGUGAGCUCGAGUUUGCUCCUUCCAUCUAGCACAAUGCAACAUGCGGCCUGAUGAGGAUGUUCCUGGGGUGACCUGCUAUGGACAGUCCGACAAUCCCGACAGUUACUAUAGCAAGUACUUGAACAUGCAGCUUCCAUUAUAAGAUACACCUAGACACACGAUGCAUUCAAACAAAAUGUAACUGUGGUUUGAAGCGUGCUCACUUCGCAGUAGAGCCAUCACUCAAGCUUUCUGGGC